ACUUAUUCAUCUCACAAAGGGGAAAUUCAAUUGCCAGAGCAGUCGCAAGAGACAGCGAGAUACCAAAACAGUGAGCAGAAAUGAGCAGGAUUAACAGGAUAAUAUACAUAUAAUAUACAUAACAUACAACAUAUUCACAACACACACGCACACAUGCACACACCCACACAAGUGUGUGUGAUAAUGUGAUAAUGGCAAUAAAAAACGUUCUACUUUAGACAAUGAUGCGCAUGUGCGUGAGUCCCCUAGGGGGCGGAAGAACUCACGCACGACCGUAGAAGAAGAAGCACCAGAAGUCAGCAGCAGCUGUUCAGAGCCAGUGCAUUGAAGGACACAGCUAUACCCGUUGGCAGCACUGACAUGAAGAUGUCGUCUGUGAAGCAGCAUUAUCGUGACAUCAGCCCAGUGACCCUUCAUCUGGUGGGGGGAGCUGUGACUUCCAGGCUAUACUGUGGGGAGGUGGAGGGUCUGUCUGAAGGGCUGGUGGAGGCCUUCCUGGUGGAACUUUAUCGCUGUAAGCUCUGUCAGUUCACCUGUGGCCUCAAGACCUCCAUCAGCAGCCACCUGCUGCUCCGCCAUCACCCCUCCACCCUCAACUACCUGGCAGAUGCAGACAGAGAGGGCGCAGCUGAGAUUGAGGAGGAGGCAGGGCUCGACCAGCUAAGUCUGACAAGAGAUUCUAAGCAGAGUGAUGAGGACGAGGAGCUCCUGCUUUACAACAUGCUGGAUAGCAUAAGUCCCUCCACCUGUGACAUCAGCACCGAGGGGGGGCUGCAGGUCGCACACGCCUGUGAGGUCAGCACUCUCUUUGACGAGGAGGAGGAAUCCUCUGUCUUUCGUCUGAAAGGGGCUUCACUGGAUCUGUCCAGUCCCAUUGAUGCCCCUGCUACCCAGGAAGAGCUGGCUCAGUCAGCUCAUCUCAUGAGUCUGGGACUUUGUCGCAUUUCAGCUUCCAAACCUCCCCUACCUCCAGGCACAGGUUCUUUCCCACAUUUCCAAUGCCCCCCUCCACCUGAUGGCUCCCCAUGCUCUAAACAUUUGAAAAAGCUGAAGCAGAGCAGGACUGAUUCCAGCAGGCGGAAGCUGUCAUGCCUCCUGUGUCCUCUGACACUGACGUCCAAGCGGCUCCUGGAUGUCCACAUCCAAUCCCACUGUGCAACUGGUGGCUUUAGCUGUGUCUGCUGCACUUGGACAACCAAUAGCUGGGAGGAGCUGGAACCUCACUGGAGGAGCCACAGCAGGAGGAGGAGGAGGAAGCGGAGGAGGGUGGAGCAGACUCUGGGGAAGAAGACGAAGGCAACACUGGCAGCAGUAUCGAGUCAAUUCAGCUGUCUGGUCUGUCGGAGGACAUUCACAAAUGCUGCGUCACGAAACUCUCACCAGAAAACACAUCAGCUCAACAACUACUCAGAGAAAUGGAGGGGACAGCUUAUUGGACAGGCAGCUGCGAAGGAGGCAGAGCAUUCAAACAGUCAAACCAGUCAACUUUACACUAGGUCAAUGCAGAGUGUCACUGAGAGGGGGAAAAAGAGGACCACCAGAAAAAAGACUGAAGAAGAAGAGGUGGAGGCUGAGAAGACAGGAUUCUGUUGCUUGUUGUGUCCCAGGAAGUUCUCCUCAAAGCUAACUCUAAAACGUCAUGUGAGCGUCCAUGCUGGAGAAAAACCGUUCACCUGUCCUCACUGUCCCUACAGCAGCAGAUUGAAGGCAUCUCUGCUGCAACACCUGAGGACCCACACAGGUGAGAGGCCAUACAGGUGUCCGGAGUGUGCGUAUGCUUCAAUCGAUCGCAGCUCUCUGCUCAGACACAGCAGAACUCACAGUCAAGAGAAACCGCACAGGUGUCAGCACUGUGAUUACAGCAGUAUCCAAAAGAAGAGUCUGGACCUGCACUGUCGCCGACACCACACAGGUGAAGUUUUUCCAUGCCAACGGUGUGAGUAUUCGAGUCCCGACCGCCAACUGCUGCUGAGACACAUCCGCAGACACCAUGCUGAAUGUGACCUCAGAGCUGACCUCUGAUUGGUCUGUCAUCAUGUGGGAAAAAUAUUUUUAUUACCUGCUGAUAUUUGUCUCAAUUUGCUUUUGUGUUAAAAAGAUGAAACAAACAGUGUCAGCGUCAGACGCUCUGUUUAAUAUUAUUAGAGAAGCUGUGCUUUAAUAAUGUUAGCUAAGCAAAUAACAAUAUAACAAAUAAAAAUGUAAAAAUUUCAGCUCACGGGGGGCGGAUUAAGGUGAGAAGUUUGAUGGGAAGCAGUUUACUUACCUUAGAACAAAGGAAAACUAGUUUAUGUUGUUGUAUGGAAGCAAACAAAUGGUAACAAAUCUGUCACAUCAAAAUUAAACCUUUUUACAUCUUUUCAUCUGAA